GAGAGGACCCCGGCAUCCGGGCUCCCCUUGCCACUGCCAUGAGGCCACUCCUGGCCCUGCUGCUUCUGGGCCUGGCGGCCUGCUCGCCCCCGCUGGACGACAACAAGAUCCCCAGCCUGUGCCCGGGGCACCCCGGCCUUCCAGGCACGCCGGGCCACCAUGGCAACCAGGGCCUGCCAGGCCGCGAUGGUCGCGACGGCCGCGACGGCGCGCCCGGGGCUCCGGGCGAGAAAGGCGAGGGCGGGAGACCGGGGCUGCCGGGGCCCCGCGGGGAGCCCGGGCAGCAAGGAGAGGCGGGGCCAGUGGGGGCGACAGGGCCCGCCGGGGAAUGCGCGGUACCUCCGCGCUCGGCCUUCAGCGCCAAGCGCUCAGAGAGCCGGGUGCCUCCGCUGUCCGACGCGCCCCUACCCUUCGACCGCGUCCUGGUGAACGAGCAGGGACAUUACGACGCCACCACCGGCAAGUUCACCUGUCAGGUGCCAGGGGUCUACUACUUCGCGGUCCACGCUACCGUCUAUAGGGCUAGCCUGCAAUUCGAUCUGGUGAAGAAUGGCGAGUCCAUUGCCUCUUUCUUCCAGUUUUUCGGGGGGUGGCCAAAGCCAGCCUCGCUCUCGGGGGGCGCCAUGGUGAGGCUGGAGCCCGAGGACCAGGUGUGGGUUCAGGUGGGCGUGGGUGACUACAUUGGCAUCUAUGCCAGCAUCAAGACAGAUAGCACCUUCUCUGGAUUUCUGGUGUACUCCGACUGGCACAACUCCCCCGUUUUCGCCUGAUGCCCACUGAAAGUGAGCCCACCCUCUCACUCCUGGGGAGGAGGGUGUGACACUGACAGCCACAUCUUCCGGGAGGGCUGACCCCCCCUGGAAUGUUGCGAAUGAGUCGGGCGGUGGGCUGGGCGCCUCUCAGUCAGCUCACGGCAGGGAAUGGGGGCAGAGGCUGUCUGAGGUCAGGGCCGGCCGCAUGGGGCAGUGGCUGGAUUUCUGCCCAAGACCAAAGGAUCGUGCUGUGCUGGCACAUGUGGGUGCCUGGCUGCUCUGGUCCAGGACCCCAAGGUGGGGUGCUGUCCUCCUGGUCCUCUGCUUCUCAGGGCCCUGCCCAUCCCUCCUGCUCCCAGGGCCUUUUCUGAGAGAUGGUCAAUAAAUCUUCAAAAUCCUC